UUUCCACUCCCCUGGUCACUCCGAGCCUAUCGCGAACUGGCUUAUUAUAAGCGGAGCAGCAACACCAUCACCUCACUCUUCGUCUCCUCCCAACUCUCUCCUCCUCCUCCUCCUAUCUCUCUUCACUCCCUCUUCCUCUCCACCACCACCGCGCCAUGUACCUCCGCCUCCAAUGGCCUCCACCUCCUCCUCGCCCACCACCCCAACGCCGACCUCUCCCUCGUCCCCGACAAGGGCUUCUCCCACAUCUCCGACCCGCUCCUCGGAGGAGCCGUCCAUGGCCUCUCCCUCCGCCGCGCCCUCUACCUCAGCGCCUUCCACCUCAACACCCUUGUCAACAUGUACUUUAGAUUCGGCAAAACCGACUCCGCGCUCUACGUGUUCGACCAUAUGCCCCAGAGAAACGCCGCGUCGUGGAACACCGCGAUCUCGGGGUGCGUCCGAGUGGGUCGGGUUGGUAAAGCCUUGGGAUUGUUUAGAGAGAUGAGAGAAGGAGGCGUGAAGCAUAAUGGGUUUGCCCUCGCAAGCCUCGUGACGGCAUGCGACCGUUGGGCGGACGUAGUCGCGCAAGGUGUACAGAUCCAUGGGCUUGUGCUGAAGCUUGGGUUGAUGUCUAAUGUUUAUGUAGGCACCGCAUUGUUGCAUUUUUAUGGUAGUCGCGGGUUGGUCUACGAUGCUCUAAAACUGUUUGAGGAAAUGCCUGAGAGAAAUGUGGUGUCUUGGACUGCUCUAAUGGUCUCUUUAUCUUCAAAUGGACACCCUUUAGAAGCAUUGCAGGCUUAUCAGCAGAUGAGAAGAGAAGGGAUUGCUUGCAACGAGAACUCAUUCUCUGCGGCCGUUAGUUCGUGCUGUGUGCUCCAGAAUGAGAAGCUGAGUCUUCAAGUUGUGGCCCAUAUCGUGGUGUCGGGGUUCGAGACCGAUUUGUCUGUUACCAAUUCUUUGAUUACUCUAUUUGGUAGUCUGGGAAGAAUUCAACUAGCUGAGCAACUCUUUAAUCGGAUGACAGAACGCGACACUAUAUCAUGGAAUUCAAUCAUAUCAAUGUAUUCGCACGAGGGCACGUGUGACGAAUCCUUUCAGUUCUUUUCUAAUAUGCGAGGAAGUAAUUUGUGUCCUGACUCAACUACUCUAUCUAGUUUAAUAUCUGUCUGUGCUUCCUUGGAUCACUUGAGGUGGGGGAGAGGACUUCAUGCCCUUUGUUUCAAGGAUGGUCACAAUUCGUUUGUUUCGGUUGCCAACACGCUGGUUAAUAUGUAUUCAACAUGCGGAGAAUAUGAUGAUGCGGAGUUUCUAUUCGUCAGUAUGCCUAAAAGGGAUAUAGUUUCAUGGAAUACUAUGAUCGCUUCUUAUGCACAGAGCGGGAAUUGCAUUGAUGCACUGAGGAUAUUGAGCCAAAUGAUUCGAACGAAUGAAGGAAUGAAUCAUAUGACAUUUGCUAGCGCAUUGGCUGUGUGUUCAAGCCCAGAAACCCUAAUGGUUGGAAGAAUGGUUCAUGCCUUUGUAACUCAUCUGGAUCUGCAUUGUAACUUGUUGGUGUGUAAUGCUCUAAUCACCAUGUACACUAAAUGCAAUUCUAUUGAAGAAGCUGAGCAGGUGUUCAAGAUUAUGCCCACUCGUGAUGUAAUUACUUGCAAUGCACUUAUAGGGGGAUAUGGAGAGAAUAAGGAGCGGAUGAAGGCAAUGCAAGUAUUCAAAUGGAUGAAAAGAGCAUUCAUAAUGGCAAAUUAUAUUACGAUGGUGAAUAUACUCGGUGCUUUCUCAUCUCCAAAUGAUCUAAGAGACAAUGGAAUGCCCCUCCAUGCACAUAUAGUAUUGACUGGAUUCGAUUCAGAUGAGUAUGUUAUCAACUCCAUAAUCACAAUGUAUGCAAAAUGUGGUGAUUUUAAAUCUAGUGGGGCAAUAUUUCACAGAAUGGUAGUCAAGACCGCAAUUUCGUGGAAUUCCAUGAUUGCUGCAAAAGCCCAACAAGGACUUGGAGAGGAUGCUUUAAAGCUCUUAACAGAGAUGAGAUAUUCAGGGAAUGAUCUAGACCAGUUUAGCCUAUCUGGAGGCUUAGCAGCUUGUUCAAGCUUAGCAUCAGUCGAAGAAGGCCAGCAGCUUCAGAGUCUAAGUGUUAAGCUAGGGCUUGAAUCGGACAUUCACGUAAUCAAUACUACUAUGGAUAUGUACGGAAAGUGUGGAAAGAUGGAAGAAUUGCUAAAACUGCUUCCCCGACCAGCUGCUCGGCCUCAACAGUCGUGGAAUAUUUUGAUAUCAGGAUACGCAAGGCAUGGUUGUUUUGAAAAGGCUGAGGAGACUUUUAAAGAGAUGGUCUUCGUGGGGCUAAAGCCUGAUUAUGUUACUUUUGUUGCUCUCCUCUCUGCAUGCAACCAUGCUGGUUUAGUAGACAAAGGGCUUGAGUACUACAACUUGAUGAAUUCUGAAUUUCAUAUAACACCUGGAAUAGAGCACUGCGUUUGUAUAGUCGACCUACUCGGACGGCUAGGGAGGCUUAGUGAAGCAGAGAGGUUUGUAACAGAAAUGCCUGUCCCACCAAAUGAUCGCAUCUGGCGAAGUUUGCUUUCUUCAAGUAGAACCCACAAAAACCUUGAUAUCGGUGAGAGAGCUGCAAAACAUCUUCUGGAGUUAGAUCCACUAGAUGAUUCUGCUUAUGUUCUUCUAUCCAACUUAUAUGCUACAAGUAGAAAAUGGGAUGAAGUCGACAACUUGAGAGAACAUAUGAAGGCAAUUAAUUUGAAAAAGAGGCCAGCUUGCAGUUGGAUUAAGAUAAAGAAUGAGAUUAGAACAUUCGGCAUAGGGGAUAAGACACAUAAGGAUAAAAAGGAGAUCUAUGCAAAAUUAGGAGAAAUAUUGCUAAUGGUUAAAGACGUGGGUUAUGUUGCGGACACUUCCUAUGCGUUGCAUGACAUGGACGAAGAGCAAAAAGAACAAAACCUUUGGAACCAUAGCGAGAAGCUUGCUUUGGCUUAUGGUUUAACGAGAAUGCCCAAAGGGUCUUCGAUAAGGAUAUUUAAGAACCUUAGGGUUUGUGGGGAUUGCCAUUUGGUAUUUAAGUUGGUUAGUAGUGUGGUCGAUCGGGAAAUAGUUCUUAGGGAUCCUUAUAGGUUCCACCAUUUUAAAGGUGGAGAGUGUUCUUGUUCAGAUUUUUGGUAAAUUGAAUACUGAGACUAUAUCUUUUUUGUCACUGAUUGUCCAAGAA